AUGGAGGACUCAGAGAAGAAGCUAAACCAGAAGAGCGACGGCAAACCCCGGAAAGUACGAUUUAAAAUCUCUUCUUCCUAUAGUGGCCGAGUGUUGAAGCAAGUCUUUGAGGAUGGGCAGGAAUUAGAGUCGCCAAAGGAGGAAUAUCCUCACAGCUUUCUCCAAGAAUCCCUUGAACCAAUGGAUGGUGUUUAUGGGUCUGGAGAAGCCCCCAAACCCCAACCCUUCUCCCCUAAGCUGACUGCUCAGAGGAUCAGCGUUUUUAGAGAGGGCGGUGCUUAUACUUUGGCGGGCAGCCAGCCUUUCCUCAACAAUUACAAGACAAAUGACCAUAAGUCCACGCCUAUUAUAGACUUUGGAAAGAUCAUCAUCUACACAAAUAACCUGAAGAUUAUUCGAACCCCAAUGGACAAAAGAGACUUCAUAAAGAAAAUUCUUCAAAAGGAAGAGGAGGUUGAAAAACAGUCUCUGAUGAGCAAAGAAAACAUCUACGGAGUUAAUAAUCAGAGUGAUGAACCUUUGCCAGAAGCAAGAAGCACAUUCCCUCACAACCAGUAUCCACAGGAAGGGGAGCUUCCUGAGGACAACUGUUUCCACUGCAGAGGCUCGGGCAGUGCCACCUGCUCUCUGUGCCACGGCAGCAAGUUCUCGAUGCUGGCCAACAGGUUCAAGGAGUCCUACCGGGCCUUGCGGUGUCCAGCUUGCAACGAAAAUGGUCUUCAGCCUUGUCAGAUUUGCAAUCAAUAAGCAUUGGCUUCAGAUGUCAGCUUCUCUCCUGUGCUCUCUAAAAGUUAUUUCUGAUAACUGUUUCCAUCCCCUACCCCCUAUAUUCUAUUCCCUGUUGGCAAGAAAGCCCCAGCAGUUGUGAUCACUUCAA